CUGGCAGGGCAGCGGGAGGCUGAGCGGCCGGCCGAGGAGCGUGCUGCCGCCGGCGGCCCCCGCGCGAGGCGGUUCCCCCACCGGCUUCGCGUAGAGAGAGGCACCCGCGCGGUCCCACCAGCAUGGGGCACCGCGGGGACAGGGCGUCCUGCCUGCCUCUCCUCCUCCUCCUCCUCCUCCUCCUCGCUUUAUGCAGAGGGCGUGUUGUAAAGGUGCCCAAAGGUCCUCUUAUUCGAGUCGUGGGCACAGAGGUGGUGAUCCCUUGCAGUGUUAGUGACUACGAUGGACCCAGUGAACAGAACUUUGACUGGGAGUUCUCUCGAGAGACUGACUUCGUGCGGAUAGUGAGUACCUGGGAUUCUACAUUCACCUCUGAGGAGUACCAAAAACGCGUGGGCCAUGGGGAUAUCAAACUGAGACGGAGCAGCAACGAUGCUGUGGAACUUGUGAUUAGAAACAUCCAGCCAACUGACCAAGGCAGAUACAAAUGCUCCACGCCCAGCACUGAUGCCACCGUUCAGGGAAAUUAUGAUGCAGAGGUCCAAGUGAAAGUGAUUUCCGAUGGCUUAUCAGUGAGUGGUUCAAAAGCACGUUCCUCAAUGUCUCUCAGGCUGUCUGAGGGUGACACCUUCAAGUUGCGCUGCUCAGCAAUUACAACGUCACUGGAGCACACUCACCUGCAUGUGACUUGGCAGAUCAAAAGUGGAUCGACUUGGCAGGACAUCCUAUCUUUGACUCACGAGGGCAAAUUCCAGCCGGAUCCUGGCUAUGAAGACCGCUACCGUAAUGGAGAUAUCCGCUUGGACACAGGAGCAAAUGACACUUACUGGUUAUCUGUAUCCCAGGCCUCCUCAGCGGAUGGGGGUGCCUACAGGUGUCUUGUGAGCGAGUGGGUGAGAGGGGCAGAUAGCGCAUGGCAGAAGAUUCAGGAGAAGAGUGUGGAGAUAGCAAGUGUGGCAAUCCAGCGGACUGCUCUAGAUGUGGUCAUCUCAACAAGCAAUGUGUCUGUGACCGAGAGAGACUCCCUGGAUCUUACAUGCAACAUCACAACAGACAGGAGUGGUAUUUUCCAAGCAGAGGUGAUGUGGUAUUUUUCUGUGUCACCUGACGAUACCUUGUCAGAUGCUCAGGUUUUGUUGAGCAUGGACCAUGAUUCUGUUGUCAGUGAUUCAACUCUCAUAAGCCUGAGCCAUGUAGAUAGGAACUCCUAUCGCCUGCUGGUGCGUGAUGUGGAUGUAGAAGACUCUGGCUACUACUUCUGCCACGCAGCUGUCUGGGUACCACUGCACAACGGCAGCUGGCACAAGGUGGUGGAGAGGACAUCUGCACCAGUCAGCGUGGUGGUGACAGCAACAGAGCCAGACUACGAGGUGUUUCUGAAUGCCUCUAAAACACCCAAGUUUUCAGAUGACCCCACAGAGCUCAACUGCAGGAUCACAAACUCACAGGACACCAAAGCCAACAUCCGCUUCACGGUUUCCUGGUACUACAGGCAGCGCCUGCGCAGUGAUGAUGUGGUGACAGAGGAACUCCUGGCCACGAUGGAUGCAGACUGGACUCUGCUGCUUGGGGACAGGAGCAGAGAGCGGACUCAGAAUGGGGAAAUAAUCUUCUCUAAAAAGGCUGCUGACACAUUCAGUUUACGAAUCCAGUGGACUUCAGAAAGUGAUAGAGGAGAUUAUUUCUGUGUCAUCUCUGCAUGGAGUAGGCACCGCAACAACAGCUGGGUAAAGAGCAAAGAUGUGAGUUCUGCAUCUGUCAGCAUUUUCUGGGCUACACAAGAUUACACGCUUACCGUGGAGGCGGUGAAAUUGAAGCCAUUCUUUGUAGCAGGCCACACCUUUGAGAUGACAUGCAAAGUGUCUUCGAAAAACAUCAAGACGCCACGUUAUUCUGUCCUCAUUACAGCUGAGAAGCCACUAACGGAUCAGUCGAAUCCCAAUGGAACCACUCGCAUCAUCUCCUUGAACCAGGAUUCAGUAGUGCGGUUGGAGGACUGGACAGACCAGACUCGUGUGGACGGUGUGGUUCUGGAGAAGGUCCAGGAGAAUGAGUUCCGCUACAGGAUGUAUCAGACCCAGAUUUCUGAUGCAGGGUUGUAUCGCUGUGUGGUGACUGCCUGGUCUCCAGGUGGUGGUGGCAUGUGGCGUGAAGCAGUGAAUGGCUUAUCCAACCCUAUCCAGAUAGACUUCCAGAUGUCAGGUCCUGUGUUUAAUGUCUCGGUGCAUUCUGACAACCCGACCAUUUACCAGGGUGAACUGGCAGAUUUGCUGUGUAUCGUCACAACGGAAGGAAUGGCACUUGAGCCAGAUGAUAUGGCCUUUGAUGUCUCCUGGUUUGCUGUACGCUCCUUUGCAUUGGAUAGAGAGCCCAUCUUGCUGGCUUCUCUGGACCGGAGAGGGAUUGUGAUGCAGAGCAGGAGAAACGGGAGCAGUGAUCUCAGCCUGGAGAGAAUCAGCCCGCUGGAAUUCCGGCUCCGCGUUCAUGGCUGUGAGGACCAUGACUUUGGGAACCACUACUGCGUAGUGACCCCGUGGGUACGAUCUGCCACUGGCGUAUGGCAGCGGGAACCUGACAUCAAAGCCAAACCUAUCUUUCUGUCCGUGAAAAUGGAUGUUCUGAAUGCUUUCAAGUAUCCCCUGUUGAUUGGCAUCGGUCUGGCCACUGUCAUUGGACUCUUAUCCUGCCUCAUUGGCUAUUGCAGCUCCCGUUGGUGCUGCAAGAAGGAAGUGCAGGAAACGAGACGAGAGCGUCGCCGGCUAAUGUCGAUGGAGAUGGACUGAGCAUGGGAGCAGGACACACUUGCAUUGUGGGAGAGACUCACAGGGCUCUCGGACUGUGCUGAGACACUCACUUACAGGCCCAGACAAGACAGUGCGUUUCCUCUCUGAUUUCAGCCUGGACCUCAAGCUUCUCCUUGUUACACAUUGUGUCCUGAGAACAUUCAGGCCAUAUUUAGCAACUUGGAGUUCUCCUUUUCCAGCAGCACUUUCUGCAUAGGGAUCAUGUCCUCCUAAUGUGCAAACUGUUGAGCCUUCUGUCACCAGGGCCCUGUGACAAAAUUCACUAAGUCUUUUUUUGUUUGGUGGUUUUCUUCCCCCUGCUCUUGGUUUUGAAAAGAUGUCCCUGUAUGAAAGCAUGACGGACAGGGUAAUGGGUGGGAAGGGGGCUGGUAGAAGUGUUAGACUUUCAUUGUAUUAACAAAUCUACUUUUCCCCUCUACCUGUAGCACACUACAUCCUAUUUCCUUUCUCUGUCUGCCUUGGUAUCUCACAGACUUCUCUGUGUUGGCUUGAAGGCUGGAGAAGGUUCCUCUGCUGGUGCCUCAUGACAUUGUUCCAGCAAAGAAUUGGUUUAUGGUUGUCAGCAUGCCUUCUCUUCCCUGGCUUUCGAAGGGUUUGCUGUUAACCCCAAAACAUAACUUGCCUGGAGGUCUUUGAGACACCUUUUUUUGAAUUUCCUUCUUAUUUCGUUUUCAGUGCUCAAAGCUCUUAGCUGUGGUGAAUAGGGGCUAACUUGGCAACCCUGAACAGUCAGUCCUCAUACAAGCAUUUGCUGGGUGUUUGCUUAUGGCCACCUUCUUUUCUUCCCACUACAGCAGUUCGCAUUGUGCCUGAGACCCUGUUCUGCUUAUGAGACAGGGCUCGUGGUAGCUGGGGACAAGGCCCAGUCUUCUGCUGGUCUCUGCAGAGAGGUGUGACACCUUGCCCCACUGGUGAUGGUGUGACUUAUGAAAAAAAAAAAAAUUACAUGGAUCUUUGUAUGCAGUUGGCCAACUGAUCAUGUUUAGAGAAGAUUUGUAAACGAUGUAUUACCAAAAACACAGACCAGACUCCAGUGCUGCUUCUGCCAGUCACUCAGUAGUAACCCUUGAACCUGUGAGCAGAGUCUUGAGAUCUGCAGUAGCUGAAGUGCAGCUCAGGGUAGGAAUAGGAGCAAGCCCAGGAGUGCAGCGAGAAUCCUUCAGGUUCCAAUGGUCCUGGUCUUGUGCAUGGGCCUGCAGCAGGGCUUUCCCCAUGGGCUUGAGACCUAUUCCUAGGUGCUAUAGUAUAGAAGCCCUGCUUUGGUCUUCCACAUACACUGACCUGGCUCCUCAGUGGGAGCAGUACCUUUUCUAGGCAGUUCUGUCUUCCCAGCACAGCUGGUGUUUUAAGCAAUAAAAGUCAGAAUAAAGAUACUGUGUAUAAACAAACAAGGAAGUAGGACUGUAGUGCAAUCUGAUGUCACAGUCAAGGUUUGGCUCACAUCAAGAAGGGUGAGAAAUGCAGAGUUGAGGCCAGGGCUCAAUCCUUUCCAGUUUUGUUUGGGGUUUUUUUGUUUGUUUGGCUGUUUGUUUUUUUUUUUUUUUAAGAUAAAGAUGCUAAAAGAGAGCAUCCGUGGAAGGUGGUGGCUGUGGUGUGCUGUUGCCAGUUUAGAAAUUAGUUAUGUGCUAGGUGACCUGCUUCACUAGUAGCUCAUCCCACUGCACAUUCCAGGGGAGCUGCAGGUCUAGUAUCCAUAUGAUGAAGGCUUCACUUUGCAUUGGUAUUUGUGGAACCUUGCACACAAUGCUGUAGCUAUUCCAAAAUUGGGGGUUUUUGCAGUAAGUUUUCUUUGUGUGUUUGUUUUUUUUUUUUUUUUUUUUUCCCUUGUCUUACAUUAUGACCUUUGUUCUGAGGCUGACAUGAGGGUUUUUUCUAGAAGGCAGUUCUGCUUCCCACAUGCGAACACGCUUGCAGUCACUUACGUAUACAUAUGUAUGCAUAGAGAUGUCCAGUGAUUUUUGGAAGCUGAAUGUGAGAUAUCUUCAAAAUGGACUUUAUUUGCAUAGUUAGGGCUUGCAACUUGUUUUUUGACUCUUUAAGUCAUUUCAUAUAGCAUUCCAAAACUGGGACACCCAAAACCUAUAAGCUCUGGAAAACGUUGGCCUGAACAUUCGUAACAACUUUGUCUGGCCUGAUGUUUUCCUCUCUGGAGGAGCCCUGAAAAGGCCUAUGUUUCAGGCAGACGUAGCUGCCUCUGCUGAGCAACAGGACAGAGUCUCUAGCUUCUGCUGUGAAAGCCCAGAAAUCUGUAGCGAUGCUUUCCAAAGGAAGGGAGUUGAGAAAAGAAUUCACUCAGAUAUUGCUUCGACAGCAAGAAUUUUUCUUCCUUUCCUGUCUGUCUGCUGUAGUGAAAUCUUGCUUUUUCCUGGGAUGUAGUGAAACACCAUUGUGAUGUGUGGGAUGCUGGCUGUCCUUCCCACACUGAUCUAGCAGCUUCUUCCUUGCAUUAACAUCUGCUUUCUUCAUGGAAGGCCUGUGGCAUUGGGGCAUCUUGGGAGGGGGGUUGUAGUGGUGGUGAAGUUCGAGGCACAGCAUCAGUCACUUUCUGUCUUUGCAGACUGCUUGUUUAUGUGCUCUUGGUUAAGUUUGAGAGAGAAUCAAUGCAAUAAUUAGGGAAUGAAUGAGCAGGGAACCACCAGCUCUUCCCAAGCACACAACAUAGCACACUUUCUCCCUGCUGGAAAAAACUCAGGGUUAUUUUGGUCAGGGCUCCCUGCUCCUCUAGUGAAAGGUACCCAUGCCCUUAGCUAAUGCUGACUUUCCUUCAUGGCCUGUAACAAACGAUCUUUGUCAUUCCAAGUGAAGCAAAUUUGCUGCUAGCUUGUACUGCUGCCAGCCCCUUGGAAGGCAAUGCUGCAUCCCUUUUCACCCUGUGUUUGCUGUAGUUGGAAGGCUAGAAGCUGAGGGGCUACACUUACCUUCUGCCAGGUUUCCUUCUACUUGUGCCAAUUUUGUAUUAUCUCAUUUUUUUAAAAAUAGAGUGGGAAUCUUAGCUCUAAUGAAAAAAAAUCUAGGUCACUUUUUGUGUUUUUUAUUAUUAUUUCCUGUGUGAACCUGGGUUUGUGUGAGUGGAGGUGUGUAUGUAUUAAACCUGCAGAGUAUCAGAAGAGUAAGCUGCCUGAGAUGCAGUGCAAGCAUCCAUAUCCUCCCUGCUGCAACCUGUGGUAUUGUCAAAGUAUCCUAAGGGCUCACGUUGAUCUUCCUCUGUUCACAUUGCCACAUCUCCUGGUUAAGCUGGUAAAUUCCUCCAGGCACUUGGAAUUUUGAUCCAGGACAAGCUUGAACAUCAUAUAGCAGAAGGGCAAGAUAUUUUCUUUCUUUUGUUUUAAUUUCAAAGUUAUAAAAUAAAGUGUUUGGCACAAUUCUGGAAUGCAGGUACUGAAUAGUUCUAACAAUGCUGUGUAAAAUGUUUCUUUUUAUGUUUAAAAUAAAGAGCGAGCCUUUUUGAUUA